AAGAAUAUUCCAAACUUUCAACUGUAAAUCCCCAACUCCAGAUUUCCGGUAAAUUAUUUCUAUCUUCGUCCCCAUUCUUCCACCAAUCAAUCAAAAGCUGCCAACGACUGUAAUUCAACCUCGUUUCGGACCUCAUUUCCCGUCGGGAUUCAAUUCGACAUCGGCACAAUCCAAACAAUUGUUCAGACGAAGGAAGAAAAAGUCAAAAUCGAAAUGGAGGAAACAUCAAUUCCGUUGCCGUUCGGCGAUUUCCCCGACGACGUGCAGCUCUGCGUGCUGUCCUUCCUCCUCCCCGCCGACCUCGCCGCCUUCUCCUGCACCUGCAAGCGCUUCGUCUCACUCUACCGCCACGACCAGCGCCUCUGGUUCUCCAUGUGCCACCGCCGAUGGGGUUCCAAAACCCUAAUUAAUAGAUGGGGCAGCGGCAAAAUCUCCUACAAAAUCCUCUACCGCAUCCUCCACGAGUACGACAACCUCAUCGGAUUCUGGCGCCGCUGCGGCGACGCCGCCGCCACCGCCGCCUCGUCAUCCUCCCCGCUCGUGUUCUUCGAGUGGGCCCCGUUCUACAUCACCUGCUCGAGGAUUACCCCGUCUAAAGACGGUGGCUACGAGGUCAUCAAGAAGCCAUUUUUAUGGAUGAGCGUUGCUUCGAACGGAGAGCCGGUGAAUUACCUCGAUCCGGAUGGGAAAUUUGCGUUGACGGAAGAGGAUUUGAUGGGGGAAUCUGGUCUUGCUGAGAAUGAAUUGAUUCAGGUAAAUGUUAGUUUCAUAGGUGAAUGCCAUGCUGUGGUGGAGGAAAAUUUAGGGUUUUCUGGAUUUGGGAAGGAUUCGAGCUCGGGGAAUUUGAGAGGUGAGGAUUAUGAGAACGUGUACGGAUCUCCGCCCGACAAAUUGAUGACGGAGAUUUAUCAGUACUUUGCGAAUAGGACAAGUCCUUCUGGUAAUGGAUCAAGGAGGCAGAAAAGAAAGGGGAAGGAUAAGCAGGGGAGAAUAAGGAAAUGGGAGCCUGAGCAUUUCGUCAAAAUCGUAAAUUGCUCGCCCAAACCCGCCCGCCCAUUGCAGGGCCUUUGGAAGGGUAUUUGUGAGAACAUGAGUUUGGACUUCUAUCUAGUGUCCUACGACGAUGUGGGAGGUAUUGCUUGCCGUAAAGUUGGAGACUCGAACAGAGCUCUAACUUACCACGCCCCGAUAUUCUGGACAUCAAAUUUGACGUUUAUCGAAUCUCCAUUUUCUCCCGAAGAGGAUCACAUAUACAAUUGCCGCUUGCAUCUCAGGCCACCUGUCGAAGCAGAUCAAAGCCUGCUUUUAUCGUCAGACAGUCGAGAUAUUUCUGUUUCCCACAUGCUUUACAUCAACUCGAGCUACGACUUAGUUAUUCCAGACUUAGUGGGGACCAUUGCGAAUCCUCGGCAGAUGGAGGGAAGAAUUUGGCAGUAUGAAAACGGGACGUUCGGUUUUGGGUUUUUACGAGACAGUUAUAUUAUAGACCUCAAGCAUAUUGCAGUAGAUGGUCAUCUUCUUGAUACAGUAUAACCAUGCAAUUCUUGAUUGUGUACCUUUUUUUACAAGACAUUAGUGUAGAUUUCCUUGCUUAGGAAUUCUAUUUGUACAUUAGAAUAUUUCUGAAAUUUUUUGUAGGUGUUUGCUAUUUGUGGUACUGUGUAACAGUAUUUAUUGAGAAAUAAAACAUUUAAUUGUUUUUAA